CAGCUGCGCCUGCGCAGCCGUUCCGCGCCGGGCACUGGGGCAGGCGGCGGCGGCCCCGCCCCUCAUGGCGCCGUUCGCCGUAGCGGGUUUCCCCGGUAACUGACAACAGCCGCCGGCCCCGCCCCGAGCCCCUCGGCGAGGCCGCGCUUCCCCAUAUCCCAACCCCGCAGCGGGGCAGGCACCCCGCGCCCAGAGCCCUGCAAACAGGUGGGGUCUUCCCCGUGCCCCGGGUCCCGCGGCCGGAGCAUGGCCACGCAGAGUGCCCAGAAGGGCGCCUCUGACCCCCCACCCCGGCCGGAGCAGCCCGGCAAACCUGCCAGGUAUAUAUCCAAAUAUAGAGAAUUUGUGAAACAUGAAGCAGUGAAAAAUAAAUCUCAGUGGAAAACUAUGGGGCCAGCAAAAGUUGCAGUGCCAUCUCCAAAUGAUUUUCUGCAGAAACAUUCCAAGGAACCCAAGCUAGCACCAAAAAAAAAAGAAGAGGAUGGUAAAAAAUUGCUUCCAUUAUCAGUGCCACAGAGGACAUACCGCCCAGUUAUUCGAAUUAAAAAGAAUUUUAUAAUUAAAAAUGCAGUUGCUGUUAUCAGGGGGGUGCCUAAAAAGCCUCGACCUUUUUGUGUUGAUACAAGACAGGGAGAUAAAUAUCCCCUUGAACCUUCAGGACUUGUUCCAAAAUACAUUAAAAAAAAGAAUUAUGGUGUUACACCAAAAUAUGUGACACGGAGAAAUGAAGAAAUUAAGAGAGAGGAGGAAGAGUAUGAGGCCAGUGUUUUGGAGCAACUCAAGAAGAAAGCCAUGAAAACUCUAUCUGAUGAAGAAAGGACAAAUAUUCUGAAGAUCUUAGAUGCUGCAACUGCUUCAAAGCUGAACUUUCUGAUUCCUCUGAACUGGAAGGUGGACAGGAGCCAGAUUCCAGCUUGCAGUGCCACUGUGUCACCUGCUCUAGUACAGGAGUCAUGAAGAACAAUGUGCAUCUCUUCUGCUGCACAUCACAGGAUGCUCCUUAGCCCUGCUAAGGGGGCAGCUUUUCCUAUGGCCUCCCUGUGUUCAUGACUGUAGGGGAAUGGUUUGAAAUGCUGUUUCACGUUCUCCCAGAUGUCUGUAAUACUGUCUGCCAGACAUGUUCUGCCACACUCAAGGUCUCCAGCAGCCACCCUAUGGACUGGGUAACUGCCUCAGGUAAUACACAAGAACUCAAAAUUCUGGAGUAUGUUAAAACUGGAUAUGAAAACAAUUCAGAAUUGCUUCCAACAUGCCCUAAAGUACUGUAUAUAUGCUAGACUUUUGCUUUUAAUAAUCUCUUCAGUAACCAUUUUACCCAAAAAUGUCUUUGCCACAAUUGGGGGUGUGUAUGUGCUAUAGCUUACCUUGUAACCACUAAGAAAUGCAAGUUUAUGCUUGAUAAGAUUGUUUACAGUUCUGCUGUUCACGUAACAGCUGCAUCAACAGGCAGAACCAGAAUAAGAGCUCUUACUUCAUCCCCUAAUUGGCAAGCUUCUACCUAGGUAAGCCAUACCUCUUGAAAUAUUCUGGAUUUUCAUGCAUUUCUUGUCUAGUUUUGGUGUUUACAUAUUAAACUGAGUUGUCAAAUGUUUGUUAUAGCUUCUUGGAAGCAGAAUACAUAAUGCAGUUGCAAAGGUUGCUUACAGGUAACUCCAUAAUAGUAUUUGUCUUGGACUGCUUUCUUGGCAUAUCCCUGCCCCCAACCUUCAGUAUUUCUUUACAUUAGAGUUGUGAAAGGGUGAGCAUGUCCUACUUUUAUCAGUAACAUGGUAAGAGAAGAAUAGACAUCUAAUUGAAAUUAUAAGGUUGUGUAAAGGCCAAAGAUAUAAAUAAAUUCACAAGGGGUUUGCAUAUAA